AUGUUUCAACUGCGCCGCAGGGAACCUGAAGUCAUUCCACCACCCGCCGCGACCGGAAUUUACGUAGCUGAACCACCCACCGAGACCAGAAGUGACGUAGUUGGACCUCCCACAGAGGCCAGAAGUGACGUAGCUGAACCUCCCACCGAGACCGGAAGUGACGUAGCUCAACCUCUCACAGAGACCGGAAGUGACGUACCUCAACCUCCCACAGAGACCGGAAGUGACGUAGCACAACCUCCCAUAGAGACCGGAAGUCAAGUCAAUCCACUUCCAACACCGAUCGGAAGUAAG